AUGCCUUUAUCUCAAGAAAACCGAAUUCAAAUGGCUAUUGCAGCUUAUAAAAAUCAAAAAGUCAAAUCAAUACUGAAGGCUGCAGAGAUUUUUGGGGUGCCUGAGGCUACCCUUCGCGCUCGCCUUAAAGGAAGACAACCACGCGCAGAAACACGUGCUAAUGGCCAUAGAUUAAAGGCUAUUGAAGAGGAAACACUUAUUCAGCGAUUACUAGAGGCAGAUAAACGAGGUUUUCCAAUUCGGCCAGAGUUUCUGCGUUCAAUGGCACAAAUAUUACUCCGUGAGCGUCUACAGGAUCCUACUGCAGUCCUUGGCAUCAACUGGGCUUAUAAAUUUGUCAAGCGCCAUCCUGAGCUGCGUACAAGAUAUAAUCGAAGGAUUACAUACCAGCGUGCAAAGCAGGAGGAUCCAAGAGUUAUAAUACCAUGGUUUCAAGCUGUACAUGCAGCUAUUCAGGAACAUGGCAUACAUGAAGAUGACAUCUGGAAUUUUGAUGAAACUGGCUUUGCAAUGGGGCUCUGCUCAACCUCCAAGGUUAUUACUGCAGCAGAACGCAGUGAAAGGCCUCGUACAGUCAUCCAGGGAAACCGUGAAUGGGUUACAAUCAUUGAGACUGUGAGCUCAAAGGGGAUUCAUAUACCACCAGUGAUUAUCUUGAAAGCAGCAUCUCAACAGGCUGCUUGGUAUCAAGAACCUACACUUCCAAAGACUGGCCUUCGCUGGUUGAAAGAGGUGUUUGAACCAUAUUCCAGACGCUAUACAACUGGUGCAAAGCGGUUGCUUAUUCUUGAUGGCCAUAGUAGCCAUUUAACUGCAGAGUUUGAUACUUUCUGCAAGGAGAAUGCAAUUGUCUGUCUUUGCAUGCCUGCACAUGCCUCUCAUCUCCUGCAACCACUUGAUGUUGGUGUUUUUGGCCCGCUUAAGCGCGCGUACGGAAAACUGCUUGAAAAGAGAAUGAUUGCUGGCAACAACCAUAUUGACAAGGAAGACUUUCUAUCCCUAUAUCCAUCUGCUCGUGCAGAAGUGUUUACUCCAGACAAUAUAUGCAAAGGCUUUGCAGGAGCUGGACUUAAGCCACUUGAUAAAGAGCGGGUUCUUGCAAAGAUUACCUUUCAGCUUCGUACGCCAACACCACCAGCUUCAGUUGAAAGUUCAGUCUCCUCUGCUUUUCAAACUCCUCAGAAUCCUCACCAGCUGGAUCACAAGGUUCGCAGCUUGCAAAAAAGCCUUAGUGCAAGAAAGCAAAAGCUUUCUAGCAGCCCAAUGUCUCAUAUUCAUCAUCUUGAAAAGGCCGCGCAGAUGGCAAUGAAUAUGAACCUUCUUCUUCGAGAUGAAAUUAGGACUCUACGAGCUGAGACUGAGCGGAAAACUAGAAAGAAGGCAAGAAGGCGUGCUAUUCUAGGUAAUGAUACCCUUUUAUCUGUACAAGAAGGCCAAAAUCGCAUUCAGCAGCUUGAUACGCAGCUUAAUGAGAAGCUUGAUGAGCCUACACCUAUGCCUCAACGGCGAGCUCCACAACGCUGCAGUGGCUGUGGGACUAUUGGACAUACCAUAAGGAAUUGUCCUAAUAAAUAG